AUGUCGAGGUUCGGCAAGGUCAAUCCCUGCGUGGACUACACGUUCGCUCUCCAGGACUAUGUCCUAGGCGGCAAGAAGUUCGACGCGCUUCCGUCCGAAAUGAAAACCAUAGUCUCCAGGUUCACGACAAUGGAUCCGAAACUCACCAACGACCCGGAACGUGUUGUCACCCAAAGAGUUGCGCUGAAGCGAGGACUGCUCAGAGACUUGUUGACUCUGGACGACCGCAUCCGAACGCGCCGUGACGCGGUUCGCAUCCAACCCUACGAAGCCGGGCGAAUUUCAUUCCUGCGAUGGUGGCAGGGUACGCUGCGGCAAGAGACGAUUAACCAGAUCAUGCAGAACGACCUGAGGAGGAGGAACAAGUUAGUGACCGCGUUUGUCAUGCAUAUCGACGCGCUGGUAUGGGUGGAGACGUUCGAUCGCAGCGGCUCGCCGAAGAGGAACCCAGUCGAGAUACGCGAGUAUCGAGACGAGCUCCUCACGCCCGUCGCGGAGGUAGUCAACCACUCGCUCAUGUUCCUGGGCGAGUACAUGCUGUCCCCCUCGGAGGACACGGCGCUGGAUGGAGAUAGCACACUCUGCGAGGGGCUCGACUAG